ACAGAACAUAGCUAGGUGGUUUUAGACUCUGCUGCGUUUCUUUGGGCGAAACAAACGUAUUCGGGCUUCGGAUUUCAGUAGAAUAGAUAAAACCUACAGUUCACACAUCCUCUUGCCUUCCCUGAUAUUUGGCGUCUUUGUUAAUACAGAAAGAGGUGUAACCUGAAUCUUUGUUUAGGGUUGGGGGAGAAGCUGUAGCAAACGAUGAAGACGGAGCUUUUUUUUAAAAAAAAAAAAAAAAAUAACGGUGCUUUUUUUUUUUUUAAAAGAGCAAAAAUCUGGAGCAAGUUUGCUUGUAACGAUAAAGAUCUUAACAUGUACAGAAGGCGGGUUUUACACAAGGAGGUGAGGCUAGAAAGCCAGCAAAAGGCUACGAGGUUGGGUUAGUGUUUUUUUUUUUUUUUCUUUGCGAGGUUCCACCCACUUGAAAACAAAACUUUUUUUCUGAAGGGCCUCACAUCAGUGAAGUUGGGAACAGGAUCCUAAGUACAGCCUUGCAAGUAGUAGCAACAUACGGGCCUUGGAGUUUUUUGUUUUGUUUUUUCCCCCUCACCCUUCGAAGGUGCUUUUGUGUUUUCUCUGUCGGUGGAAGCGCUGCCCUUUCUGGAGUUGGUAUGUGAUAAGAGGUCCUAGCAGUGCCAUGUAUUGGAAGAGCGAUCCGAUGUUUGUGUGUAAACUAGAAGACAAGGACAUUCCUGCGCUUGGUAUUUCCACUGAGAAGCUCUGCCGUUUCCCUCGGGGGCUCAUGGCCGAGGAGCGCGGGAGAGCGGGGGGCCGGCGGCAAGGCGGCGGGGCUGGGCAGCUGGUGAGCCCCGAGGCGGCCGGGGACGAGGAUUCCUGCUCUUCCUCCGCCCCGCUGUCCCCCUCCUCCUCCUGCUCGCCCCGGUCCAUGGCCUCGGCCUCCGGCGGCGCCCCCAGCAAGUGCCUGUGCAGCAGCUGCGGCCUGGAGAUCGUGGACAAGUACCUGCUCAAGGUAAAUGAUCUCUGCUGGCAUGUACGCUGUCUCUCAUGCAGUGUUUGCAGAACCUCUCUAGGAAGGCAUACCAGCUGCUACAUCAAAGAUAAAGAUAUUUUCUGCAAACUUGAUUAUUUCAGGCGGUAUGGAACCCGUUGUUCUCGUUGUGGUAGGCACAUCCAUUCUACUGACUGGGUCCGAAGGGCUAAGGGAAAUGUGUAUCACCUAGCAUGUUUUGCCUGCUUCUCCUGCAAAAGACAGCUUUCCACUGGAGAGGAGUUUGCUUUGAUUGAAGAGAAAGUCCUUUGUAGAGUACAUUAUGAUUGUAUGUUGGACAAUCUAAAAAGAGAAGUUGAAAAUGGGAAUGGGAUUAGUGUGGAAGGAGCAUUACUAACAGAACAAGAUGUUAAUCACCCAAAACCAGCAAAAAGAGCUCGGACCAGCUUCACAGCCGAUCAACUCCAGGUUAUGCAAGCACAGUUUGCUCAAGACAACAAUCCAGAUGCACAAACACUCCAAAAACUGGCAGAAAGAACAGGCUUGAGCAGGCGUGUGAUACAGGUGUGGUUUCAAAACUGUAGAGCACGCCAUAAGAAACAUGUUAGUCCUAAUCAUUCAUCCACUGCUCCUGUCACAGCAGUUCAGCCCUCUAGGCUGUCUCCACCAAUGUUAGAAGAAAUGGCAUACUCAGCAUAUGUACCCCAAGAUGGGACAAUGUUAACUGCUCUACAUAGUUACAUGGACGCUCACUCACCUACAGCACUUGGACUCCAGCCCUUGCUACCCCAUUCAAUGACACAACUGCCAAUAAGUCACACCUAAUUCCUUUCUUUCAGGGAUAAAAGCUAGUAAGGAUGUACUCUUAAGAGUCAUUUAUUGUAUAUUAAAAUAUCGUUGAAAAGAUAUUAAUGUUAAUUUUUUAUUUAACAUCCAAAGCAUUUUCAAGACCAUUUUGCUGCCCAAGUACGUAAGUAUAGUUGGCCUGCAAGACACUUUUAUGGAUUCUGCAUAAAUAACUAUAUGUUGUUUACAAGGCUUAUUAAACACCUUUUUUGUAUUGUCUGGAAGUAGUCCACUCUAGUUAUGUAUUUGUUAAUUUAUUCAUCAUCAAGAGCACUUUGCCUAAAAGAAAGGACUGAUAAUUGUGCAAAAUGUUUACAAUUCUUUGUGAAAUUGUAGUUUAUCAUUAGUUUGUAUCUGUAAGUUAUUGUUAUAAAAAGUAUUACCUGUAUUUGAGUUAUAUACAGCCUAUACUUUAAAGCUUAUGUCUGUGAGUUGGCAAAAUAAAUUUCAUUUGCAAAUAUUUUCAAAAUGA